AGCCUAAACUCAGGGGAAAUGGUGCGGCCCCUUCAGGAAAUCCCCUUCCUUCUUACGCAGUGGGAGGUGACGUCAGCCGGCCGCAGAUCCGCAGCUUCCUCCGCUGAUGUGCGCAAAAGUGAAAGCGGCUCCAUGAUGCUGUCUGUCCCCGCUGCUGGAGUCCUUCUGCUGCUAGCUUGGAUUUAUCCAGGCCACGGACUUUACUUUCAUAUAGGAGAGACGGAGAAGAAAUGCUUCAUUGAGGAAAUCCCGGAUGAGACCAUGGUUAUCGGAAAGUACAGGACUCAGCUGUGGGACAAACAGACCAGCUCCUUCCUCCCGUCCACCCCCGGCCUCGGCAUGCACGUCGAGAUCAAGGAUCCGGACACGAAGAUCAUUCUUUCUCGUCAGUACGGGUCAGACGGACGCUUCACUUUUACCUCCCACACUCCUGGAGAACAUCAGAUCUGUCUGCACUCCAACUCCACUAAGAUGGCUCUGUUUGCAGGAGGGAAACUGCGAGUGCAUCUGGACAUUCAGGUGGGAGAACACACCAACAACUAUCCUGAAAUCGCAGCGAAGGACAAACUCACCGAGCUGCAGCUACGAGUCCGACAGCUGCUGGACCAAGUGGAGCAGAUCCAGAAGGAGCAAAACUACCAGAGGUAUCGUGAAGAACGGUUCCGCAUGACCAGCGAGAGCACCAACCAGCGCGUCCUCUGGUGGUCCAUCGCUCAGACGCUCAUCCUCAUCGUCACCGGCAUCUGGCAGAUGAAGCACCUGAAGAGCUUCUUCGAGGCCAAGAAGCUGGUGUAACGUCCGUUUGUGCAGCUACAGCGUCGGUAAACGACACAAACACGAGCAGACGGACUCGACCUGCCGGAAAAUGAAGACACGUGGUCCUACUGUCAGCCAUAAAUGGUACUAGCAAACCUACAGAUGCUGUUUUCCAACCUGGGCAGUGUGGGUUUUUUCCCCCUUGUACACUUUUUUGUUUUUCCACAGUAGCACAACAUUCCAGCCGUGAAAGAAGAAGCAGCUUUUUGUGAUUAUGUUGAAUGUUGAAGCUGUUACAAGUAAGAAGCCACUAGUUUAUUUACAUAUUUUGGUCAUUUUAGUGUUACGUAUAGUUUUAUUUAUAGGUUUUGUGAAUUCUAACCGUUAAGCUUUCAGCACUUAUGCAAACAUUACACUGGCCUUGAUUCCUAACGUGUCCAUUUAAAUUUAGUAACACUUGACUUCAACCCUCUGAACCCCAACCAGUUUGUGGGUGUGUUUAUUUGCUCACUGUUGGCUCAUUUUUCACUCUAAAAUAAGGUCCCACACCUCCAUGGAAACCGCACAACCAUGACUAGAAGUAGAAACAACUCAAAAUAAAUCAGAAAAACAUUUAGGCUGAAUUUCUUCAAUUAUUUAUUUUAGAAAAACUGACUAAAAAUGGAAGCAACAUGUAAAACGUUUUUCCAAGUGCCCACACUGGAAUUUUUUUUCCUAACUUAAAAAUAUUUAUUCACCUUUUUAUUUUGUUUCCGUACUUGUCUCCUCUCUGUUCUGUGUAAACGCAGUUCAGCUGAGAAAGCCCUGAAUUUAUGUCCUGCUGCUCACAGCUGGGUCACUGUUGGCUUCAUAGUUGCACCAAGUAGGUCAGAAUUCUUUUGUUUUUUACAGAAUCUGGUUACUGCAAAUGGUUUGUUUUUUGCAAAAAUGUUACAUGAAGCUUGGAAAGUGGUUCAUAAUUUUAAGCACAGAUUUGGAGAACGGCAGAACGACGCGUCAAAUGAUUCGUUUGAGGACUGUUGUAAAGCUAAAAAUCCAAUAAUUCUGUUUUCACACUUUCUGGCUUUGAUGAAUGGUCUAUUUUUGGUGGGUCUGUUUGUUGUGUUUGUUUUUUUAUUUUAAGACAACAUGCCUUUCAAACCUGCCGGCAGGUUUUGGGGUUCAGAGGGUCAACGGCCACGUCUCACAUUUACAAGCAGCACAGAAACUCUUCAUAAACUGCAUAAAACCGAUGAGAUCGCUGCAUCGAGGAGACUUUGAAGCAUCUAGUCGUAUAUUUUCAACAUCGUAAACCUCUCAUGAAGCCUUUGUAACUGUCAAAUGAACACUUAAAGGAGGACGAGGAAGAAUCUGGGUUGCCGAUGAAAUCACAAUGUGAGGGACAAACUCAGUAAACUGUUCAUUUUCUACAGUUUAGGCAAUAUUUGUGCAAUACUUGGAGCAACAUUAGCAUCAAUUUGGAGUCACAUUUGUGUCCACCUGAUAUUGUACGACUGAAUAUAUUCUUGUUUUAGCUCCGUUUUUGGUCUCAACCAUCCGAUGAGCGACCUUCUUGUUCAUCUGCUCGUUGUCUGUGUGCAUUAAAGUAAACACAACUGCAUUUGGUUGGUUUAGUCAAAAAAUACUAUUGCUUUUCAAGCUGCUAUUAUUCCAUCCGUUUCGUGCCAUCCAUUGUCGUCAUAUUCCUGGAGUUAACCAUCCUAUCAUGACAGCUUUUGUUUCUGCAGUUUCCCCCACAUAUUAACUUCAGGUCUUUAUUUAUUUUUCGUAGAACUCAUGUUAGUAGACUCUGGUGUCAGUCUAGAACUGCUGUGACAACAUCAGCAUCUAAAACUUCUUGAGUUUAAAAGCUUUCUUCGUAAACUGGUCUUUAAGUAUCAGCAUCAGCUAUAGAAUGUUUUCAAACAGAACAGCGCUGUAUUUUGAAAAAUAACAUUUAUAUUACGUUAAAAUGAAACGUUAGAUUCAAAGAAGAUACGGACCAGUGAUGAGCGAAGAGAGGUUUGUUUUGGAGGCUUUGGUAGGUUUGGAACUGUCAAAGAAACAGGAAAUGCUGUUUUAAGAUCCAGAUUUAUAUUUCAGUUUUUCCACAAAGUUGCUUUUGUAAUGUUGAAUACAAUUCUUGUUUUGUUUUUUUUAGAUGUCAAUUUUGGUCCCCAAAGCUCAUGCAGACACACCUGGAGCUCUAAGGUCCGUUCCAGGUUUUACCCAGAGGUUUCAGCUGCUUCUUGAGGGAAGAAGUAUUUGCAAAUAAGUCGCACAUUAAUAAAGGAAUAGCAAGGAUUAUUCAGUUGUGUUUCAGCUCUCGAUCAAACUAGGGGAAUUAUUUGAUGUUAAUGAAUACCUGCAGGGGACUGGGACUUUGUGCCCUAUGUUUGUUUUUGUUUUUUUGUGCAACUUAUUUCACCACAUUUCAACAAUAAUUGAACACAGAGCAGGUUAAAAUAAACUGAAAUUAUCAUUAACAUGCCAUUUUAUAUUUUGUUCACAACUAAUAUUGUUCUAGAUGCUUCACAGAAGAUAUAUUGACUAAUAAUAAACACUAAGAACUACUUUAAAAUGUAUAUGCUGCUUGUAAAUGUGAAAUUAGUCGUUAAACUGAAGCGUUAACUCACCAUCCGUCCUUCUCCAAACUGUGUAUAGUUUCUAGCUCACCAGAAAGGCCUGUAGAUACAGUUUGUGAUAUUAAAACCUGGAUUUUAUGUUGUAAAUAAAAGUCCCGUUCAUUUUCUAAUGCCUUUUACACGGAUUGAAUGAGAUAAGUGUUUUUCUGUCAUGUCGUGUUUCACCGGAGCUUAUUUAUUCAGCGGUCGCGGAGUGUUUUGUUGCCUCGUUUGCUGUCAUUUCAGGUUAAAUUUGUCAGUGAAGGACAGCGGUUUGAUCAUUCUAAUUCAGUCAUGAGUAGGCUCUUCAUUUUUACAUGCAACGUUUAGAUUUCAGUGCAGUUCUUUAGAUAUUUGGUUCAUUACCACUGGAAAUAUUCACAUUUUUACUGUCAUCUCCAUGUGCUUAAUAAAGAAACUGGCCAAACUAG